CCCCAGGGGGGGGGGGCCCGCGCAGGGCGGCGCGCGUCCGCGGCCGAGCGCUGCACAUCGGGACGGGCACGGCGACCUGGCUGGGCGCCCUCGCGCCAUGGGCCGCGCUUCGGGCGCGGGCACGGGCGCCUUCCAGGACGCGAAGCCGCGCGGCGGUGCGGCCGAGGCGGCGCAGGUCUCCGCAGACGGUGCCCCGUACAUGCCGCACCCCUACCCCCUGAAGCACCUCGGCCGCCACCUGCCCGGCACUGGGAGGGAGGUGCGCAACCCCGUGGUCAAGCCAGCGGCGGGCAGGCCGUACCGGUCGUACGGCGCGUGGUUCCAGGCGCACCAGCACCCAGAGCACGACGUCGUCCUCGGCGAGGUCGUGGAGGUCAGUCUCAACGAGGACGUCCUGGAGACGCGCGCCACGAACCUGUGGCCCUACGGGGUCGGCGUCACGGAGCUGAGCGGCAGCUUCCGCUCGGGUGACAACUACCGCGUCGGAGGCAGGGUCAUCCAGGAGAUCGUGCCGCGGCAGUACGCCGGGACGCAGCUCGGGCUCGGUGGCUCCCUGGGUGGCAGCGAGGGCGCGGCCGCGCUGCAGGAGCACCCUCGGAGGCGCUCGGAGGAGGCGGGCAGGCGGGCAUCCCCGACCUGCGUCGCGGGCUCCGGCAUCGUCGACCACCGCUUCCAGACUCAGCGCGACCUGGGCAGCGCCUCGCACGAGGCGAGCGGCCGCAGCUCCAGCGCCGGAGGCGCGCAGUCCGUCUUCCGGGCGGCCGGCAGCGAGCAGGCCACCUGCAUCCCACCGCGCAGCGGCUCGGCGCCCUCGCUCGGGGCCACGGGGCUCGAGCUGCGGCGGGGCAGGGCCUUCGCGCGGGAGUCCCGGUUCGGGCGGCCGGCCCCGCUGCCGCAGUGGAACAUCUGACUGAUGCGGGCACUGCUCAGGGACAACGCUGGGGGGGGGGGUAGGCUUUCGGACUUCUUCUCGUCGGUUCUCGGCGGUUUCCCGGCCUCGGGGUGCUCUCCAGCAGCUGCGCUUCGCCGAGAGCCUUGCGGGGUUGUCCAGGUCGUCUCGAGCUGCCGCCGGAGACCCCAGCCAGAGUCCGAGAGCUGAACGACGAUCGGGCGUUCCGCCUCAACGGCUCUCUCCUUGCCUCCCGCCCUCCUCUCUCCCCAGGCCCUGCGGCCGCGCACUGUAAGACGCAGUGCGCGUUGUAAUCGUGCAGCCGCGCUUGCUCUGGCCAUUUAUCGUGUCACUCGGGCCGCAAUUGCCUGAGCAGUCGAUGCUAUGCAUGGCCAUUCGCCUGGUCGCUCGAGCUGCUCGCACAGCUGGUGGAUGUGCACCUCUUGCAGGCAGCGAGGGCGAAAAGGGACAGAACGCCACCGCGAGGGGGGCGGCCGCACCCUGCAGUCUGGCGGCACCCUCCCAGCGUUCGGCACCGUUCGGAAAAGCGCUUGCUCCGCCACUUCUGUUGCCUGAUGUUCCUCCUCCUCCUCCUCCUCCU